GUUGUUACCGUUGUCACUUUUGUCACCGUUGUCACUGUUGUCACUGUUGUCGCUGUUGUAACGGUUGUCCAAAUUGUCACCGUUGUCGCUGUUGUCAAUUUUGUCACCGUUGUCACUGUUGUCACUGUUGUUGCCGUCGUCACUGUUGUCCCCGUUGUCACCGUUGUCAAGGUUGUCACCAUUGUCGAUGUUGUCACAGUUGUGACUGUAAGCACUGUUGUCACCGUUGUCGCUGUUGUCACUCUUGUCACCGUUGUCACUGUUGUGGCUGUUGUCACCGUUGUCGCCUUUGUAACGGUUGUCACGGUUGUCACCAUUGUCGCUGUUGCCACAGUUGUCACCGUUGUACCUAUUAUCGCUGUUGUCACCGUUGACACCGUUUUCACUGUUGUCACUGUUAUCGCUGUUGUCGGUGUUGUCACUGUUGUCACCAAUGUCACUGUUGUCCUUGUUGUCACUGUUGUAACCGUUGUCACUGUUGUCAACGUUGUCACCGUUGUCACUGCUGCCACCGUUGUCACUGUUGUCACCAUUAUCACCAUUGUCACUGUUGUCAACGUUGUCACUGUUCUCACCGUUUUCGCUGUUGUCCCCGUUGUCACUGUUGUCACCGUUAUCAAUGUUGUCAACGUUGUCACCGUCAUCACUGUUGUCACCGUUGUUACACUGUUGUCAACGUUGUCACCCUUGUCAUUGUUGUCAAGUUUGUCACUGUUGUCAACGAUGUGACCGUUGUCGCUGUUGUCACUGUUGUCAAUGUUGCCGCUGUGGUCGCUCUUGUCACCGUUGUCACUGUUGUAAACGUUGUCACCAUUGUCCCUGUUGUCAAGGUUGUCACCGUUCUCACUGUUGUCACCGUUGUCACCAUUGUCAUUGUUGUCAACGUUAUCAUUGUUGUCAACGUUGUCAACAAUCUCAGUGUUGUCACCGUUGUCACCAUUCUCACUGUUGUCACCAAUAUCACCGUUGUCACUGUUGUCAACGUUGCCACCAUUGUCACUGUUGUCAACAUUGUCACCGUUGUCCCUAUUAUCGCUGUUGUCAUCGUUGUCGUUGUUGUCGGUGUUGUCACCGUUGUCAGGGUAGUUGCUGUUGUCACUGUUCUCAACGUUGUCACCGCUGUCACUGUUGUCACCGUGNCCAGUCAGUGUUGUCACCUAUGUCACUGUUGUCACCGUUCUCAUUGUUGUCAACGUUGUCACCGUUGUCACUGUUGUCACCCUUGUCACUGUUGUCACCGUUGUCACCGUUGUCACUGUUGUCAACGUUGUCAACGUUGUCACUGUUGUCAACGUUGUUACCGUUGUCACUUUUGUCACCGUUGUCACUGUUGUCACUGUUGUCGCUGUUGUAACGGUUGUCCAAAUUGUCACCGUUGUCGCUGUUGUCAAUUUUGUCACCGUUGUCACUGUUGUCACUGUUGUUGCCGUCGUCACUGUUGUCCCCGUUGUCACCGUUGUCAAGGUUGUCACCAUUGUCGAUGUUGUCACAGUUGUGACUGUAAGCACUGUUGUCACCGUUGUCGCUGUUGUCACUCUUGUCACCGUUGUCACUGUUGUGGCUGUUGUCACCGUUGUCGCCUUUGUAACGGUUGUCACGGUUGUCACCAUUGUCGCUGUUGCCACAGUUGUCACCGUUGUACCUAUUAUCGCUGUUGUCACCGUUGACACCGUUUUCACUGUUGUCACUGUUAUCGCUGUUGUCGGUGUUGUCACUGUUGUCACCAAUGUCACUGUUGUCCUUGUUGUCACUGUUGUAACCGUUGUCACUGUUGUCAACGUUGUCACCGUUGUCACUGCUGCCACCGUUGUCACUGUUGUCACCAUUAUCACCAUUGUCACUGUUGUCAACGUUGUCACUGUUCUCACCGUUUUCGCUGUUGUCCCCGUUGUCACUGUUGUCACCGUUAUCAAUGUUGUCAACGUUGUCACCGUCAUCACUGUUGUCACCGUUGUUACACUGUUGUCAACGUUGUCACCCUUGUCAUUGUUGUCAAGUUUGUCACUGUUGUCAACGAUGUGACCGUUGUCGCUGUUGUCACUGUUGUCAAUGUUGCCGCUGUGGUCGCUCUUGUCACCGUUGUCACUGUUGUAAACGUUGUCACCAUUGUCCCUGUUGUCAAGGUUGUCACCGUUCUCACUGUUGUCACCGUUGUCACCAUUGUCAUUGUUGUCAACGUUAUCAUUGUUGUCAACGUUGUCAACAAUCUCAGUGUUGUCACCGUUGUCACCAUUCUCACUGUUGUCACCAAUAUCACCGUUGUCACUGUUGUCAACGUUGCCACCAUUGUCACUGUUGUCAACAUUGUCACCGUUGUCCCUAUUAUCGCUGUUGUCAUCGUUGUCGUUGUUGUCGGUGUUGUCACCGUUGUCAGGGUAGUUGCUGUUGUCACUGUUCUCAACGUUGUCACCGCUGUCACUGUUGUCACCGUUCCGUUGUCACCGUUGUCGACAUUGUCACUGUUGUCACUGUUGUCACCGUUUUCGCUGUUGUUCCCGUUGUCACUAUUGUCACCUUUGUCACUGUUGUCAAAGUUGUCACUGUUGUCAUCGUUGUCACUGUUUUCAACGUUGUCACCGUUCUCACUGCUGUCACCGUUGUCACCGUUGUCACCGUUGUCAACAUUGUCACUGUUGUCACUGUUGUCACCGUUUUCGCUGUUGUCCCCGUUGUCACUGCUGUCACCGUUGUCACUGUUGUCAACGUUGUCACAGUUGUCACUGUUGUCACCGUUAUCACCCUUCUCACUGUUGUCACCGUUCUCACCGUUGUCAACGUUGUCAACAUUGUCACUGUUGUCAGUGUUGUCACUGUGUGGAUGUCGUCGCUGUUGUCACUGUUGCCAACGUUGUCACCGUUGUCACUGUUGUCACCGUAUUCACUGUUGUCAAAGUUAUCACUGUUGUCACCGUUGUCAGUGUUGUCAACGUUGUCACUGUUGUCACCGUUGUCACUUUUCUCACCGUUGUCACUGUUGUCAACGUUAUCACCGUUUUCAGUGUUGUCACAGUUGUCACUGUUGUCACCGUUCUCACCGUUGUCAACGUUGUUACCGUUGUCACUGUUGUCACAGUUGUCACUCUUGUCAACGCUGUCACCGUUCUCACUGUUGUCACCGUUGUCACCGUUAUCACGGGUGUUACCGUUGUAAUCGUUGUCAACGUUGUCACAGUUGUCACUGUUGUCACCGUUGUCACCUUUGUCACCGUUGUCACCGUUGUCACCGUUGUCAACGUUGUCAACAUUGUCGCUGUUGUCAGUGUUGUCACUGUGUGGAUGUUGUCGCUGUUGUCACUGUUGUCAACGUUGUCACCGUUGUCACCGUUGUCACUGUUAUCAAUGUUGUCACCAUUUUCACUGUUGUAAUCGUUGUCACUGUUGUCACCGUUGUCACCGUUGUCAGUGUCGUCAACAUUGUCACUGUUGUCACCGUUGUCACUUUUGUCACCGUUGUCACUGUUGUCAACGUUAUCACCGUUUUCAGUGUUGUCACAGUUGUCACUGUUGUCACCGUUCUCACCGUUGUCAACGUUGUUACCGUUGUAACUGUUGUCACAGUUGUCACUGUUGUCAACGUUGUCACCGUUCUCACUGUUGUCACCGUUGUCACCCUUGUCACCGUUAUCACGGGUGUCACCGUUGUCAUCGUUGUCACCGUUGCCACUGUUGUUACUGUGGCCACCGUUUUUACCGUUGUCACUUUUUUCAAUGUUGUCACAGUUGUCACUAUUGUCAACGUUAUCACCGUUUUCAGUGUUGUCACAGUUGUCACUGUUGUCACCGUUCUCACCGUUGUCAACGUUAUCACCGUUAUCAGUGUUGUCACAGUUGUCACUGUUGUCACCGUUCUCACCGUUGUCAACGUUGUUACCGUUGUCACUGUUGUCACAGUUGUCACUGUUGUCAACGUUGUCACCGUUCUCACUGUUCUCACCGUUGUCACCCUUGUCACCGUUAUCACGGGUGUCACCGUUGUCAUCGUUGUCACCAUUGUCACUGUUGUCAUUGUUGUCAAAGUUUUCACUGUUGUCACCAUUGUCACCCUUGUCACUGUUGUCACCGUUGUCACCGUUGUCAACGUUGUCACUGUUGUCCCCGUUAUCACCGUUGUCACUGCUCUCACUGUUGUCGCUGUUGUCGCUGUUUUUACCGUUGUGGAUGUUGUCGCUGUUGUCACUGUUGUUAACGUUGACUGUUGUCACUGUUGUCACCGUUGUCACUGUUGUCAACGUUGUCACCGUUGUCACUGCUGUCACCGUUGUCACCGUUAACAUCGUUGUAAACAUUGUCACUAUUGUCACUGUUGUCACCGUUUUCGCUGUUGUUCCCGUUGUCACUGUUCUCACCGUUGUCACUGUUGUCAACGUUGUCACCGUUGUCACUGUUGUCACCGUUGUCACUGUUGUCAACGUUGUCAACAUUGUCACUGUUGUCACUGUUGUCACCGUUUUCGCUGUUGUCCCCGUUGUCACUGUUGUCAACGUUGUCACUGUUGUCACCGUUGUCACCGUUGUCACUGUUGUCACCGUUGUCAACAUUGUCAACAAUGUCACUGUUGUCAGUGUUGUCACCGUUGUCAACGGUGUCAACAUUGUCACUGUUGUCAGUGUUGUCACUGUGUGGAUGCUGUCGCUGUUAUCACUGUUGCCAACGUUGUCACUGUUGUCACCGUUGUCACUGCUCUCACUGUUGUCGCUGUUGUCGCUGUUUUUAGCGUUGUGGAUGUUGUCGCUGUUGUCACUGUUGUUAACGUUGACUGUUGUCACUGUUGUCACCGUUGCCACAGUUGUCACUGUUGUCACCGUUCUCACCGUUGUCAACGUUAUCACCGUUAUCAGUGUUGUCACAGUUGUCACUGUUGUCACCGUUCUCACCGUUGUCAACGUUGUUACCGUUGUCACUGUUGUCACAGUUGUCACUGUUGUCAACGUUGUCACCGUUCUCACUGUUGUCACCGUUGUCACCCUUGUCACCGUUAUCACGGGUGUCACCGUUGUCAUCGUUGUCACUGUUGUCAUUGUCGUCGAAGUUUUCACUGUUGUCACCAUUGUCACCCUUGUCACUGUUGUCACCGUUGUCACCGUUGUCAACGUUGUCAACGUUGUCACUGUUGUCCCCGUUGUCACCGUUGUCACUGCUCUCACUGUUGUCGCUGUUGUCGCUGUUUUUACCGUUGUGGAUGUUGUCGCUGCUGUCACUGUUCUUAACGUUGACUGUUGCCACUGUUGUCACCGUUGUCACUGUUGUCAACGUUCCCACCGUUGUCACUACUGUCACCGUUGUCACCGUUAACACCGUUGUCAACAUUGUCAGUGUUGUCACUGUUGUCACCGUUUUCGCUGUUGUUCACGUUGUCACUGUUGUCACCGUUGUCACUGUUGUCAACGUUGCCACCGUUGUCACUGUUGUAAACGUUGUCAACAUUGUCACUGUUGUCACUGUUGUCACCGUUUUCGCUGUUGUCCCCGUUGUCACUGUUGUCAACGUUGUCACCGUUGUCACUGUUGUCACCCUUGUCACCCUUGUCACUGUUGUCACCGUUGUCAACGUUGUAAACAUUGUCACUGUUGUCAGUGUUGUCACCGUUGUCAACGUUGUCAACAUUGUCACUGUUGUCAGUGUUGUCACUGUGUGGAUGUUGUCGCUGUUGUCACUGUUGCCAACGUUGUCACUGUUGUCACCGUUGUCACUGCUCUCACUGUUGUCGCUGUUGUCGCUGUUUUUACCGUUGUGGAUGUUGUCGCUGUUGUCACUGUUGUUAACGUUGACUGUUGUCACUGUUGUCACCGUUGUCACUGUUGUCAAAGUUGUCACCGUUGUCACUGGUUUUACCGUUGUCACCGUUAACAGCGUUCUCAACAUUGUCACUGUUGUCGCUGUUGUCACCGUUGUCACUGUUGUCAACGUCGUCACCGUUGUCACUGCUGUCAUUGUUGUCACCGUUGACACCGUUGUCAACAUUGUCACUGUUGUCACCGUUUUCGCUGUUGCCCCCGUUGUCACUGUUGUCACCCUUGUCACUGUUGUCAACGUUGUCACCGUUGUCACUGUUUUCACCAUUGUCACCCUUGUCACUGUUGUCACCGUUGUCAACGUUGUCAACAUUGUCACUGUUGUCAGUGUUGUCACCGUUGUCACCCUUGUCACGGUUAUCACGGGUGUCACCGUUGUCAUCGUUGUCACCGUUGUCACCGUUGUCACUGUUGUUACUGUGGUCACCUUUUUUACCGUUGUCACUGUUGUCACUGUUGUCAUUGUUGUCAAAGUUUUCACUGUUGUCACCCUUGUCACCCUUGUCACUGUUGUCACCGUUGUCAACGUUGUCAACGUUGUUACCGUUGUCCCUGUUGUCACAGUUGUCACUCCUGUCAACGUUCUCACCGUUCUCACUGUUGUCCCCGUUGUCACCCUUGUCACCGUUAUCACGGGUGUCACCAUUGUCAUCGUUGUCACCGUUGUCACUUUUGUCAUUGUUGUCGAAGUUUUCACUGUUGUCACCAUUGUCACACUUGUCACUGUUGUCACCGUUGUCACCGUUGUCAACGUUGUCAACGUUGUCACUAAUGUCCCCGUUGUCACUGCUCUCACUGUUGUCGCUGUUGUCGCUGUUUGUACCGUUGUGGAUGUUGUCGCUGUUGUCACUGUUUUUAACGUUGACUGUUGUCACUGUUGUCACCGUCGUCACUGUUGUCAACGUUGUCACCGUUGUCACUGCUGUCACCGUUGUUACCGUUAACACCGUUCUCAACAUUGUCACUGUUGUCACCGUUUUCGCUGUUGUUCCCGUUGUCACUGUUGUCACCGUUGUCACUGUUGUCAACGUUGUCACCGUUGUCACAGUUGUCACCGUUGUCACUGUUGUCAACGUUGUCAACAUUGUCGCUGUUGUCCCCGUUGUCACCGUUGUCACUGUUGUCAACGUUGUCACCGUUGUCACUGUUGUCACCGUUGUCACCCUUGUCACUGUUGUCACCGUUCUCAACGUUGUCAACAUUGUCACAGUUGUCAGUGUUGUCACUGUGUGGAUGUUCUCGCUGUUGUCACUGUUGCCAACGUCACUGUUGUCACCGUUGUCACUGUUCUCACUGUUGUCGCUGUUGUCGCUGUUUUUACCGUUGUGGAUGUUGUCGCUGUUGUCACUGUUGUUAACGUUGACUGUUGUCACUGUUGUCACCGUUGUCACUGUUGUCAACGUUGUCACCGUUGUCACUGCUGUCACCGUUGUCACCGUUAACACCGUUGUCAACAUUGUCACUGUUGUCACUGUUGUCACCGUUUUCACUGUUGUUCCCGUUGUCACUGUUGUCCCCGUUGUCACUGUUGUCACUGUUGUCACCGUUGUCACUGUUGUCACCGUUGUCACCCUUGUCACUGUUGUCACCGUUGUCAACGUUGUCAACAUUGUCACUGUUGUCAGUGUUGUCACCGUUGUCAACGUUGUCAACAUUGUCACUGUUGUCAGUGUUGUCACUGUGUGGAUGUUGUCGCUGUUGUCACUGUUGCCAACGUCGUCACUGUUGUCACCGUUGUCACUGCUCUCACUGUUGUCGCUGUUGUCGCUGUUUUUACCGUUGUGGAUGUUGUCGCUGUUGUCACUGUUGUUAACGUUAACUGUUGUCACUGUUGUCACCGUUGUCACUGUUGUCAACGUUGUCACCGUUGUCACUCCUUUCACCGUUGUCACCGUUAACAGCGUUCUCAACAUUGUCACUGUUGUCGCUGUCGUCACCGUUAUCACUGUUGUCAACGUCGUCACCGUUGUCACUGCUGUCAUUGUUGUCACCGUUGACACCGUUGUCAACAUUGUCACUGUUGUCACUGUUGUCACCGUUUUCGCUGUUGUCCCCGUUGUCACUGUUGUCACGGUUGUCACUGUUGUCAACGUUUUCACCGUUGUCCCUGUUGUCACCGUUGUCCCCCUUGUCACUGUUGUCACCGUUGUCAACAUUGUCACUGUUGUCAGUGUUGUCACCGUUGUCACCCUUGUCACCGUUGUUACUGUGGUCACCUUUUUUACCGUUGUCGCUGUUGUCAAUGUUGUCACCGUUGUCACUGUUGUCACUGUUGUCAUUGUUGUCAAAGUUUUCACUGUUGUCACCCUUGACACCCUUGUCACUGUUGUCACCGUUGUCAACGUUGUCAACGUUGUUACCGUUGUCACUGUUGUCACAGUUGUCACUGUUGUCAACGUUGUCACCGUUCUCACUGUUGUCACCGUUGUCACCCUUGUCACCGUUAUCACGGGUGUCACCGUUGUCAUCGUUGUCACCGUUGUCACUUUUGUCAUUGUUGUCGAAGUUUUCACUGUUGUCACCAUUGUCACCCUUGUCACUGUUGUCACCGUUGUCACCGUUGUCAACGUUGUCAACGUUGUCACCGUUGUCCCUAUUAUCGCUGUUGUCAUCGUUGUCGUUGUUGUCGGUGUUGUCACCGUUGUCAGGGUAGUUGCUGUUGUCACUGUUCUCAACGUUGUCACCGCUGUCACUGUUGUCACCGUUUUCGCUGUUGUCAUCGUUAUUACUGUGGUCACCGUUGUCACCGUUGUCACCGUUGUCAACGUUGUCGCUGUUGUCACUGUUGUCACCGUUUUCGCUCUUGUCCCCGUUGUCACUGUUGUCACCGUUGUCACUGUUGUCAACGUUGUCACCGUUGUCACUGUUGUCACCGUUGUCACUGUUGUCAACGUUGUCAACAUUGUCACUGUUGUCACCGUUUUCGCUGUUGUCCCCGUUGUCACCGUUGUCACUGUUGUCUACGUUGUCACCGUUGUCACUGUUGUCACCGUUGUCACCCUUGUCACUGUUGUCACCGUUGUCAAUGUUGUCAACAUUGUCACUGUUGUCAGUGUUGUCACCGUUGUCAACGUUGUCAACAUUGUCACAGUUGUCAGUGUUGGCACUGUUUGGAUGUUGUCGCUAUUGUCACUGUUGUUAACAUUGACUGUUGUCACUGUUGUCACCCUUGUCACUGUUGUCAACGUUGUCACCGUUGUCACUGCUUUCACCGUUGUCACCGUUAAAAGCGUUGUCAGCAUUGUCACUGUUGUCACUGUUGUCACCGUUGUCACUGUUGUCAACGUUGUCACCGUUGUCACUGCUGUCAUUGUUGUCACCGUUGACACCGUUGUCAACAUUGUCACUGUUGUCACUGUUUUCACCGUUUUCGCUGUUGUCCCCGUUGUCACUGUUGUCAGCGUUAUCACUGUUGUCAACGUUGUCAACGUUGUCACCGUUGUCACUGUUGUCAUUGUUGUCACCCUUGUCACUGUUGUCACCGUUGUCAACGUUGUCAACAUUGUCACUGUUGUCAGUAUUGUCACCGUUGUCACUCUUGUCACCGUUAUCACGGGUGUCACUGUUGUCACCGUUGUCACUGUUGUUACUGUGGUCACCUUUUUUACCGUUGUCGCUGUUGUCAAUGUUGUCACCGUUGUCACUGUUGUCACUGUUGUCAUUGUUCUCAAAGUUUUCACUGUUGUCACCGUUUUCACCCUUGUCACUGUUGUCACCGUUGUCAACGUUGUCACCGUUGUCACCGUUGUCAGUGUUGUCAACGUUGUCACUGUUGUC